AUGACUCGCCGAAAUCAGAAUAACUUAAAAAAGAAAAGACUUCAUCGUUCGUUUGCAUUGAAUACGAAUGCAUCAAUUGUUAAUCCAACAUCUCGUCUUGAAUCAAUGGCAAAUGUGAUGAUUGAAGAAUUGAGAGGAAUACAACGGAAUGAUUUAAAAGAAGAAUUACUGAAAACGUAUGCGACUAAGACAGUAGUAUCACCGAAUCAUUCAACGUUUUCGUCUUCAAAAAGAAACUUCGAAAAGCUGUUAUCGAAUUUACACACAUUCGAUCAUUACGUCAACACUCGGGAUGAAAAUAAGCAGGGACAACGUAAGCAUACAGAAAUCUCUCAGAACGAGUCUUCGCCAGUAAUAGUGCCAAAGUGCAAAACACGCCGAAAAAAACAUUCGAAUUUUGCAUCGUCAAUGAAUGAGAUGACCAGAACUAUAUGCACACGAAGCACGAAAUUGAAUAGUUCAAAUGAUCAGAAUAAUCCGAUCAUUUCAAGCCCAGUACGGAAACGGUCAUCAUCGUUAGCGGUGAAAGACGAUGACGUCAAAGAAACUUCAACUACUGAUAAGAAAAAACAUGUUUUAACAGAAAAGCUGACUGAGCAUUGUCAUCCGAAAGCCAUCGGUACCGAUAAUUCUAACUUUUCAUGCGAUUUAAUACUAAUUUUCCUAGGAGACGAUGUAUCCAGUGUGAAAGUAUCUCGUCGGAGACUACGAUCAGUCCUUCCAUCAUCAUCCGAACAUGCUAAACUAAGCAAUGACUUUUAA